AUGUUGAAAGGGAGACUAAACAUCUAUAGACAGACUUCCUUGAUGGUCCCGCGGUUAAGGAUCCACUUGCCAGUGCAGGGGACACGGGGCCGGUCCCUGGUCAGGGAAUAUCCCACAUGCCUUGGGGCAACUAAGCCCAGGCAGAACAACUACGGAGCCCAAGUGCCGCAGCCACUGAGGCCCACGCGUCACAGUGACGAGUCCCCGUCCCCCUGCUUGCAGCCAGAGAGCCCGCACAGCAGCAAGGGCCAGGAGCAGCCAGAAUUAAAAGCAUCCUGUAGAGGAGUAUACCUUUACAAAAUACAGAUAAAAUGCUUAUAUCUAGACUGUAUAAGGGUCUCUCAAAUAAUAACAACCCAGUUUAAAAGUGAGCAGUAA